AUGCAUCGCUUUCCCGAUGGCCAGCUCAAAGCGAUUGCGCAUGCUUCGAAAACAUUGACCAGCACGGAACAAAACUGCAGUCAGAUCGAAAGAGAAGCCCUUGCCCUAGUUUUCACAGAAACGAAGUUCCGUCGCAUGCUACUCGGACGACAGUUUACGCUGCAGACGGACCACCAACCGUUGCUGAAAGUAUUUGGAUCGAGAAAAGGCAUUCCACUACACACCGCCAAUCGACUCCAGCGGUGGGCUCUAUCGAUGCUGGGAUUCGAUUUCAACGUGGAAUACAGACAAGUCCGGCUAAGCAGAUGUGCUUUCGAGGCUGAUCAGCAAUCAUCAGAAGCCGGAGGAAGAGUAUGUCGUCGCGUCAAUCAGUCAACAAGAAAGGAUGCAACCCUUCAGCAGGUUGUCCAGUUCAUCGACAAUGGUUGGCCUCGUAAGAUUGAAGAUCCAAAACUCAAAGCUUUCCACUCUCGCCGUGAGUCUCUAUCAGUGGUCAACGGAUGCAUCAUGAUGGAGGACCGUGAUGGAGUUCCUGUAGACCAUCACCACGGGGACAGUUCUGACAACGACGAGUUCUUCGAGGCUGGCUCAACGGUAUCCAGUCCAGUCCAGCCAGCUACAGUCAAGACCCCGAGACCAGUCAGGAACAGUCGUCUUCCGAAGCGCUUGGAGGAUUACGACGUGGGUUAG